AUGGACUUCUCCAGGCUCCUGAUCCAUUUCUUCGAUGCUGUCAAGGCGGAUCGCACCCGGAGCUGGCUGUACGCCGCCUGCUCCCUCUCCUACCUGGGUGCCAUGGUUUCCAGCAACUCGGCCCUGCAGUUCGUCAGCUACCCGACUCAGGUGCUGGGCAAAUCCUGCAAGCCCAUUCCAGUCAUGCUUUUAGGAGUGACUCUGCUGCGGAAGAAGUAUCCCCCGGCCAAGUACCUCUGCGUCCUCCUGAUAGUCGCAGGCGUGGCCCUGUUUCUGUACAAACCUAAGAAGGGGGCUGGGAGCGACGACCACGUCUUUGGCUACGGAGAGCUGCUUCUGCUGCUGUCGCUGACCCUGGACGGGCUGACCGGCGUGUCUCAGGACCACAUGAGAGCGCACUACCAGACGGGUUCCAAUCACAUGAUGCUGAACGUCAACCUGUGGUCCACCUUGUUCCUGGGGGCUGGGAUACUGUUCACUGGAGAGCUCUGGGAGUUCCUGAGUUUUACGGAACGCUACCCCAGCAUCAUCUACAAUAUCCUCCUGUUCGGCCUGACAAGUGCGCUGGGUCAGAGUUUUAUUUUCAUGACGGUGGUAUACUUCGGGCCUCUGACUUGUUCCAUCAUCACCACAACCCGCAAGUUCUUCACCAUUUUAGCGUCCGUCGUUCUAUUUGCCAAUCCCAUCAGUACAAUGCAGUGGGUGGGAACGGUCCUGGUCUUCCUGGGCCUUGGACUCGAUGCCAAAUUUGGAAAGGGGGUGAAGAAGACAUCGCAUUGAGGAAAUGGUUGAUCUCUGCGGUGGAAUGAACUUUUAAUUUAUUGUCUUGUACCUCAGAAUCUGUUAUGAAACUGGACUCAGGAUAGGUAAUCAGGAGGGGAGCGUCUGGAUUUUUUUGUUGGAGUUUUUUAAUUCUAAAUUGUCUUAAAAGUGUAAUACUUUAGUUUUAACUGUAAUUAAGCUUUUUUUUUUUUUUUCUGUAAUCAAAGCUGCAUUACUAGAUCCUAGCAGCAGGAUGAAAUUCUUGCCUUAACAGGAAAAACACUUCAUAUCUUUAUUAAAGAAAAAGAGACAAUGGCCGCUUUUCCAGAACUUUAACCUCAGUGUUGUUGGCUGAUCGUGGGGAGAAAGGGCACCAAGGAGAGGGCUGGUCUUGGAAUUCUGUUAGUUCUUUGGUGUGGCCUGGACAGAUCCCUGGAUUAAAGGCCUGUGUUGAAGACAACCCCCUCUUCUGACUGGCUGUAUGGUUUUUCCGUAACUGAGCUGGUGGAGCAGCUGGUUGGAUGCUCUUCCAUUAAGGUCAUAGGUGUAAACACGGAGACGUGUUACAUCCCUCAUCCGAGCCCUUCCACAACAGAGGCAACUCUUGGCACAUGUAAAAGUUGACAGGAAAGCUGUUUAACCAGUGGGGCCCAAAUUAAUUCUUUUCAUCCCCCCUGCUGAUGAAGGAACGGGACCCUCUGCUGCUAAAACCCUGCCAGGGUUGUGUGAUAACGGCUUCGGAAUGUUGAAAGAGCCCUUGUUCAUGAAGCGCCGUCGCGGUGAGCUUUCGACCACCCGCUCCCGAGCACAGGCGAGCUCCCCAGCGUUGUAUGGGAGAAGUUGUUAUUGUAAUCAUGCUUCAGAGCUGGAGAGCGAAAUUCUCCAAAGAGCAAACUUUACACAUGAAAGCUUGCUUCCACCGGCUGUCGCUGGGUCUCCAUCUGUUCCGAGGCUUUGGCCUUUUGCCCCUCCAGAUGGGA